AUGCAAGCAGUUCUGCUGUGGACGAUAAGUGACUUUCCUGCUUAUGGGAUGUUGUCUGGUUGGACAACACAUGAAAGAUUAUCUUGUCCACAUUUUCUUGGAUCGAUUGAUGCUUUUCAACUGAAGAGUGGUAGGAAGAGUUGUUGGUUUGAUUGUCAUCGUCGCUUUCUCCUCAUUUCUCAUCCGUACAGAAGAAAUAAGACAUUGUUUAGAUACAAAAGAGUUGUGAGAGACAGUUCUCCUCCAUAUCUCACCGGCCAACAGAUCGAAGCGGACAUUGAUUAUUACGGAGCUCAGAAAACAGUUAAGUGUGGAGGAAACUGGCAUGUUCCUGGAAAUAUACAUGAUGGGUAUGGUGUAGCGCAAAAUUGGCAUAAGAAGAGUAUAUUUUGGGAGCUGCCUUACUGGAAGGAUCUUCUUAUAUGUCACAACCUGGAUGUGAUGCAUAUAGAGAAGAACUUUUUCGACAACAUAAUGAAUACAAUACUGAACGUCCCUGGGAAGACAAAAGAUAACAAGAAUUCAAGGAUGGACUUACCAGAUAUCUGCUCAAGAAGUAAGUUACAUAUCAAGAGCAAUGGCAACGUUCAUGUUCCUAUUUUUCGGUUGUCAUCAGAAGCCAAAACAACUUUGUUUGACUGGGUUGCAUCAGAAGUUAAGUUCCCUAAUGGUUAUGUUUCUAAUAUGUCAAGAUGUGUUGAACGAGAAAAUAAGCAUAGUGCCCACACUUAUAUUUUGCUCAACUGCGAGGAUGCAAUAAUCCGUUCCUUUGAGAGCAUGUUUGUAUCUCAAGUUGAAGAAGCACCACCAGGAAUAUCCUCAACUGAGGUUGACGCACGGAAAGAUAAUCACUUUGUCAAGCGGUUAAAAUCACAAGUUGAUUAUGACAAUCCAUAUUACCCCAUAUGGUUACACGAUUUGAUCCAAGGUCCAUUAGCAAAGGUCACCACAUCACCUAUGUAUCUAACACGAGGUUUUACCUUUUACACAUACGAGUAUGGGAGACAUCGGGCAACAAGUAACUACAGAAUAUGUGUGAAAGGCGAAAUAUACUUUUAUGGGAUCCUGCAGAAGAUUAUUGAAAUCGAAUUUCUGAGUUUAUUAAAGCUAAAAUGCGUCCUCUUCAAAUGUGAAUGGUUCGACUCUGUUAUGAGCCGAGGUGUUCGGGUUAACAAAUUUGGUGUUGUGGAUGUCAAUUCUGGGAGAAGAUACAACAAGUUCGAGCCUUUCAUCCUAGCUUCUCAAGCCGAGCAAGUUAGCUUCCUUCCAUACCCUCGCCUUCGCAGUUCUGGGAUAAACUGGUUAGCUGUUAUAAAAAUUACACCUCGUGGACGAAUUGUUGCUGGAAAAAAACCACAUUUGCAAGAAGAAGACGCUAUCAAUGAAGUUGAUGUACCUGAUCAACAACUUAAUGAAAUCCUUCUAUCGAUCCGGAAAACCAACAAUAUGAAGAUCUUCCCGAAGAUGUGA